UAGCCCUAUUUACUCUCGGCCUCUCCCAGCUCAGGCUCAACCAAGCGGCUUGAUCUUACUGGAUUUCGGAUUUUACUCAUCAAAAUAUAACUUCACGAAGCUGGCACUUCUUAUCAUCGCGGUGAUCAUUUUUUUACUAGUUUAGGACUAAAGUCAUUCAAGCAAACAAAAAUACCUCAGUGAUACUUCAACCCAUUUUAAAUCAAGAUGGAGCUCAAAAUUGUCAUAUUUUUUCUGUGUUUGGUGAUGGUUAAGGGCCAAUGGCGACAAGGACAACAGCAAGGCAACCCACAGCAAGGCAACCCACAAGGAGGGAGGGGUCUGUGGCCCCAGCAAGGCAACCCACAACAAGGUGGGAGGGGUCAGUGGCCGCAGCAAGGCAACCCACAACAAGGGGGGAGGGGUCAGUGGCCACAGCAAGGCAACCCACAACAAGGUGGGAGGGGUCAGUUUGGCCCUCAGAGACCGGUGCCCCCAGGGAGGGGCCCAUUCGGCCCGGUAGACCCACGGUUCCAACCAGUCCAGCCAGGCAGCACCUGUUGCGACAGAACCCUGUACGGUGGAAACAGGGGGACAACCCCACUCCCGAUGCCCAAGCAUUGCAUGGAUAUCCGAGAAUUCGGCGGGGUUCGUGAUGGGGUGUAUACGAUUUUCGUUUCUUCCGUCAACGAGUGUGGAAAGAGGGAUGUUUACUGCGAUCAAACACGAGACGGCGGUGGAUGGACGGUAAUUCAGCGGCGAAUCGAUGGCCGCCUCAACUUCCUCCGAAACUGGGAGGAAUACAAACACGGUUUCGGCUUUCUCGAGGGCGAGUUCUGGCUCGGCAACGAAUGGAUCCACAAGAUCGCCAUGCAGGGACCGCACGAACUACGAGUCGACCUCGGCGACUUCCAGAUGCAGGAGAGGUUCGCAAGGUACAAGGUGUUCUCGGUCAGCGAUGAAAUGGGCAACUAUACGCUGAGGGUAGAGAGAUACGACCCCCAGUCAAAUUCAGGUGACGCCCUGACCGGCCACAACAACGUUCCUUUCUCCACCAUAGACCGUGACAACGACCGAUGGAGCGGCAACUGCGCCCGGCAAUACACAGGGGCGUGGUGGUAUACAAGUUGCCACAACAGCAACCUCAACGGUGCCUACCUGAAGGGCCCUAACCGGCAGUACGCCCGCGGGGUCGUCUGGAAUCAGUGGCGAGGGUACAGCUACUCGCUCAGGUUCACGGAGAUGAAAAUAAGACCACUCUUUUGAGGACACCAUAGCUUAAUUUGGAUUCAUAUGAUGGCUGCUUAUUUCAAACUGCAUUAAAUUAACUUUGUCCAAUAUUUGUAUUCAUCACUGAUGUUCAACCGAAAUUGUUUGUUAGAGAUGAAUACGUUAUUUCAGAGUGAAACAUGUUUUUUGUCAGUUAAAGUCUUGGAUGCCCCCCCCCCCCUAUAGGGUCGUUGGCCGAGACUAUAUUAGAUGAUCGAGAUCAUGAUUAUGACAGCUAGUGUGCCAGUGAAAAUUCCGCCUCUGCUCUCUCAAUUUAGAGUUAGGUUUAAGAAUAAAGUGAAAUGGAAUGUUUUGCAUAUCGUCUAUGGCAGCUUAAAUCACGAGAUGUUAUAGAAAAUUCAGAAGUGACCAAAGUUGAAAGUGAAACCAAAAUAAAUCAAUGCUGGUCGAUCAUUUACAUCCUGUGCAUGGUGCUGCAUUUUUCAGUCUUUUUUAAACAACCGGGCAUUGUGUAAAUAAUCGUUCUUAUAAAGUUUGUUGUUGCAACAUAUUGAUUGUAAUUCUUGUAUAGAAGCAUGUACAUAACGUAGCCAAAUAAAUGUAAUUUUGCAUUCGUACUGACCCGUUCUGGAAGUGACGAUGGAAAUAAAUAUGCCCCCUUUUGGUGAGGGCCCUUUUAUUUGCUGAUCAAACUAUUCCCAACUAAAAUAGAUCAAUUUUCUGUGCCCUACCGCCCCUCCCAUUACCAAAUCCUAGAUCCACCCCUAAAAAAUACUUUUGGAUCUAUUCAUCUUUUUUUAAUGACUACUGUGAACUAAUUUGGGCCUAUGUAAAUUAUUCACGAGAGGUUGUUUAAGGGUUGGGGUUGUAAGUUUUGUUUUAGAGAUAAAAAUAUUCCUAAUGACGAACCUAAAUUACUUGCAUUACAAUCUCUAUCAUAGUCAUACACAGUCAGUUAGACGAUUCUCCUGCAAGCUGUAAUUAAUUAAUUAAUUAAAAUGCAAGUCAAUUCCUUGUUAGCUGUUAUCCUUAUCCCAUGUUGAAGUAAUUAUUUUAUUCUAACACUAAAAGAAAAUCUAAUUAUUUUAGGAACAAUGAAUUAGAUCUUAUCCAAUGAAUUUUUAGAACUAAAAGAAGAAUGUCGAAAUCCUAAUUGUCAAAACGUUCU